CCUUCCUAAUAAAACUCUUGCCCCAUUGCAUUCCAUGCUUUCUGGUUGGGAUUUUUCUAGACCAACUCAGCCACCAGUUUUAUGAGGGACUGUGGGUGUGAGCAGGUCUUUAGGAGUCAGGAAGAGGAGGAGUCAGGGGGGUGGCUACACAGUGCAGGCAGCUCAAUGGACAGCAGUCUUUCUGGGACCUGUGAUCUAGAAGACAGGAGAAGAUGAACACAUCUGGAGACCCAGCCCAGACGGGCCCUGAAGGCUGUAGAGGCACCAUGAGUGCCGAGGAGGAUGCCAGGUGGCUCCGGUGGGUGACUCAGCAGUUUAAGACCAUUGCGGGAGAAGAUGGGGAGAUCAGCCUGCAAGAAUUCAAAGCAGCUCUGCAUGUGAAAGAGUCCUUCUUUGCAGAGCGAUUCUUUGCCCUAUUUGACUCCGAUAGAAGUGGCACCAUCACCCUCCAGGAGCUGCAGGAGGCACUGACCCUGCUCAUCCAUGGCAGCCCCAUGGACAAACUCAAAUUCCUCUUCCAGGUGUAUGACAUCGAUGUGUGUGCAUGGCAGGGGGCGUCUGCAGGUACAGAGUGGGGUGCUGGGGCAGGCCCGCACUGGGCUUCAUCCCCACUCGGGACAGGCAGCGGCUCCAUUGACCCGGAUGAGCUGCGCACUGUGCUGCAGUCGUGUCUGCGCGAGAGCGCCAUCUCGCUGCCUGACGAGAAGCUGGACCAGCUGACGCUGGCGCUCUUCGAAUCGGCCGACGCGGACGGCAACGGGGCCAUCACCUUCGAGGAGCUCCGGGACGAGCUGCAGCGCUUCCCCGGAGUCAUGGAGAACCUGACCAUCAGCGCUGCCCACUGGCUGACGGCCCCCGCCCCCCGCCCACGCCCGCGCCCGCGCCGGCCGCGCCAGCUGACCCGCGCCUACUGGCACAACCACCGCAGCCAGCUGUUCUGCCUGGCCACCUAUGCAGGCCUCCACGUGCUGCUCUUCGCGCUGGCGGCCAGCGCGCACCGGGACCUCGGCGCCAGCGUCAUGGUGGCCAAGGGCUGCGGCCAGUGCCUCAACUUCGACUGCAGCUUCAUCGCGGUGCUGAUGCUCAGACGCUGCCUCACCUGGCUGUGGGCCACGUGGCUGGCUCAAGUCCUACCACUGGACCAGAACAUCCAGUUCCACCAGCUUAUGGGCUACGUGGUAGUGGGGCUGUCCCUCGUGCACACCAUGGCCCACACUGUGAACUUUGUACUCCAGGCUCAGGCGGAGGCCAGCCCUUUCCAGUUCUGGGAGCUGCUGCUCACCACGAGGCCUGGCAUUGGCUGGGUACACGGUUCGGCCUCCCCGACAGGUGUCGCUCUGCUGCUGCUGCUCCUCCUCAUGUUCAUCUGCUCCAGUUCCUGCAUCCGCAGGAGUGGCCACUUUGAGGUGUUCUAUUGGACUCACCUGUCCUACCUCCUCGUGUGGCUUCUGCUCAUCUUUCAUGGGCCCAACUUCUGGAAGUGGCUGCUGGUGCCUGGAAUCUUGUUUUUCCUGGAGAAGGCCAUCGGACUGGCAGUGUCCCGCAUGGCAGCCGUGUGCAUCAUGGAAGUCAACCUCCUCCCCUCCAAGGUCACUCAUCUCCUCAUCAAGCGGCCCCCUUUUUUUCACUAUAGACCUGGUGACUACUUGUAUCUGAACAUCCCCACCAUUGCUCGCUAUGAGUGGCACCCCUUCACCAUCAGCAGUGCUCCUGAGCAGAAAGACACUAUCUGGCUGCACAUUCGGUCCCAAGGCCAGUGGACAAACAGGCUGUAUGAGUCCUUCAAGGCAUCAGACCCACUGGGCCGUGGUUCUAAGAGGCUGUCGCGGAGUGUGACAAUGAGAAAGAGUCAAAGGUCGUCCAAGGGCUCUGAGAUACUUUUGGAGAAACACAAAUUCUGUAACAUCAAGUGCUACAUCGAUGGGCCUUAUGGGACCCCCACCCGCAGGAUCUUUGCCUCUGAGCAUGCCGUGCUCAUCGGGGCAGGCAUCGGCAUCACCCCCUUUGCUUCCAUCCUGCAGAGUAUCAUGUACAGGCACCAGAAAAGAAAGCAUACUUGCCCCAGCUGCCAGCACUCCUGGAUCGAAGGUGUCCAAGACAACAUGAAGCUCCAUAAGGUGGACUUUAUCUGGAUCAACAGAGACCAGCGGUCUUUUGAGUGGUUUGUGAGCCUGCUGACUAAACUGGAGAUGGACCAGGCCGAGGAGGCUCAAUAUGGCCGCUUCCUGGAGCUGCAUAUGUACAUGACAUCUGCACUGGGCAAGAAUGACAUGAAGGCCAUUGGCCUGCAGAUGGCCCUCGACCUCCUGGCCAACAAGGAGAAGAAAGACUCCAUCACGGGGCUGCAGACGCGCACCCAGCCUGGGCGGCCUGACUGGAGCAAGGUGUUCCAGAAAGUGGCUGCUGAGAAGAAGGGCAAGGUGCAGGUCUUCUUCUGUGGCUCCCCAGCUCUGGCCAAGGUGCUGAAGGGCCACUGUGAGAAGUUCGGCUUCAGAUUUUUCCAAGAGAAUUUCUAGCCUCACCUCUCCAAGCUCUGCCCCAAGUCCACACCAUGGGUCUGCUUCAUCGCAUUAGUAUAAAUGCCCCCACAGGGACCAGCCUCAGAUGACCCACCCAAUAAGACAAAGCCUAGGGACCCCUAAUCCUGCUCAACAGAGAGAACAGGAGACCCCAAGGGGCAGAUGAACUUCCUCUAGAACCCAGGGGAAGAGACAGUGCCUUGUUCAGUCUGCUGUAGAUUCUGGGGUUUCUGUGAAAGUGAGGAAACCAGAGGCUGGUCACGGGAGCUUGGGGGUGGGGUUCGAGGGGGCAGAGGGCAACCACUCCUCCAAACAUUUUCCAACGGAGCCUUCCCCCACAUCCAUGGUCCCAAACCUGCCCAAUCAUCACAGUCAUUUGGAAGCUUAUUUCUCCGGCAUCUUAUAAAAUUGUUCAAACAUACAAAAAGUGAGAAGAA